UCGCGCAGGUUGUCGCGAGAUCCGAGGGGAGCGAGCGUUUGGAUGAGAUUUGAGUGGCGCAGCAGAAUGAGCGCUGAUGCAGUAACGCAGCCGCUGCGCUUUGAGUUGCACCUCUGAGCCGCUUUACGCACUUUUUCUCACCCUGACAACUCUCACCAGGCACUUUACAGUAUUUACCAGUCCACUCUCACCGGAGGAGACUUCAUCUUCAUCUUCUUCAUCAUCUGCUGGAGCGGGAGCGCGCGCAGAAUGAGGCGGCUGCUCGUGCUCGCGGCGGGAAUCUCAGCGCUCGCGUCGCUGUGUGUAUCAGCGCAGACGCUCGACGCAGACGCAGGCGCAGACGGAGCCGCGGAGCAGCCGAGAGCGAACCGAGCGAAGCGGCGCGGCGGCGGCCAGGACGUUCUGAAGGGGCCGAAUGUGUGUGGAUCCCGUCAUCACGCGUACUGCUGUCCCGGAUGGAAGACCUUGACCGGAGGAAACCAGUGCAUCGUCCCUAUUUGUCGCAGCUCCUGCGGAGACGGCUUCUGCUCCAGACCCAACAUGUGCACCUGUCCAAGCGGCCAGAUCGCUCCCACCUGUGGAUCCAAAUCAGUCCAGAACUGUAACAUCCGCUGCAUGAACGGCGGCACGUGUGCGGAGGACCAGUGUCUGUGUCAGAAGGGAUACAACGGAGCUCACUGUGGCCAGCCGGUGUGUGAGUCCGGCUGUCUGAACGGAGGCCGAUGUGUCGCUCCAAACCGCUGUCUGUGUAACUACGGCUUCACCGGAGCUCAGUGUGAGAGAGAUUACAGGACGGGGCCGUGUUUCGUGUCGGUCAGUAACCAGAUGUGUCAGGGUCAGCUGACGGGAAUCGUCUGCACCAAGACGCUGUGCUGUGCGACGGUGGGACGGGCCUGGGGUCAUCCCUGUGAGCAGUGUCCAGCACAACCACACCCCUGCCGCCGCGGCUUCAUUCCCAACCACCGCUCCGGGGGCCUGCCAGGAACAGUGACGAGUGCCUCUCAGAUCCCGGGCCUGUGCAGUGGAGGUUCAUGUGUUGUGCUCCGCACACCCAUCGGGCAGGCUACUUCUGCAGGUGUCCAGUGGGCUUGCGACACGGCGCUGGACGGCUCACGCUGCAUCGGUGCGUCUGACCGACUCGUCUGA